AUGGAAGAUAGCGGGCAGGAACAUUCAGAAGCCCUGACUCCUCGAGAAGCAGCUGGGGUCCCAGAAACCUGGGGUACUGAGGACGCGGCCGAGAGGCUGGCCAGAGGAGCCCUGAGGCCCAGGCGCCCGGGUCAGAGAGGGCCCGGGUAUCUCCGGGUCAAAGGCGCGGCUGGGGGGAUCCCGGCGCCGCAGGCGCCCCCUCCCCGGCGGCAGCAACAGCAGGAGGUGGGGGAGGUGAGGCUGCCGAACGUGUCCCGGGCGGUGGAGCUCCUCGAGAGGCUCCAGCGCAGCGGGGAGCUGCCCCCGCAGAAGCUGCAGGCCCUCCAGCGAGUCUUGCAGAGCCGCUUCUGUUCUGCCAUCCGGGAGGUGUAUGAGCAGCUCUAUGACACGCUGGACAUCACCGGCAGUGCUGAAAUCCGGGCCCACGCCACGGCCAAGGCCACGGUGGCUGCCUUCACAGCCAGUGAGGGCCAUGCACAUCCCAGGGUAGUGGAGCUGCCCAAGACAGAUGAGGGCCUGGGCUUCAACAUCAUGGGGGGCAAGGAGCAGAACUCCCCCAUCUAUAUCUCCCGUGUCAUCCCUGGAGGCGUGGCUGACCGCCAUGGAGGCCUCAAGCGCGGCGACCAGCUGCUGUCCGUGAAUGGCGUGAGUGUUGAGGGUGAGCAGCACGAGAAGGCAGUGGAGCUGCUGAAGGCAGCCCAGGGCUCGGUGAAGCUGGUGGUGCGUUACACGCCUCGCGUGCUGGAGGAGAUGGAGGCCCGCUUCGAGAAGAUGCGCUCUGCUCGCCGGCGCCAGCAGCACCAGAGCUACUCGUCCUUGGAGUCUCGAGGCUGA